AUGCCGGAAGAGAAGGAAUAUGGUGCUUACAUGACAUUGAAUUUGGUUCAACCAAAAAAUAUACUUGCAACAUUGAAAAGGAAAAGACCCAAAGAUAUAUCAAAUAUCAAGCAAGUGUAUAAUAUUCGGUACCAAACUAACAAGGCGCUUAGAAGGGAUAGAAUUGAAAUGCAACAACUCUUGAAACUGUUGGAUGAUAAUAGUUACGUGUCUAGGUACCGAACCUGCAAGGAUGAAGUUGUUGUUAGAGAUAUAUUUUGGACUUAUCCUAAUUACAUAAAGUUGUUCAACAUGUUUCCUAUUAUGCUCAUACUUGAUUCAACCUACAAGACCAACGAGUAUAUACUUUCAUUAUUGGAGAUGGUAUGUGUUACCUCAACUGAUAAGACAUAUUCAGUUGGGUUUUCAUUUCUUGAGUGUGAAAAAGAGGACAAUUUUACUUGGGCCUUAGAGGUAUCACAGAACAAAGAAUAUGAGAAGUCGGGUUAA